CUUGCGUCGCUGAUUUUGACAGAAAAAAAUUGUCCGUCUUUUUUUACGAAUAUCGUUUUAUAAGCUAAAUAAGAUAAAACUACGCAUUUAAAAUACCGGUAUUGUUUUUACCGGAUGUAUUGUUUUUACGUUUAGUGCUGAAAGUUGAGAAGUGGAAAAUAUUCAGAAGCUUAAAUCCAUAUACUCUGGUAUCGGUAGCUUAUAUGUUAUAGAUGAACUGCAAUUUUAAUUGCAUCACUCUUAUCUUGCCACUUUGUUGACUGAUAGCACAGCGAUAACAUAGUGAAGUCUCGUCAGUCUUUGCUCACUAUUUGAUCAGUUCACAACGGAUAAUAUUUCAGUACACAAACAUGUCAAUUUAUCAGGAUUUAACUGAGGAACAUCCACGGAAACUAAUUCCUGAACUAUGCAAACAAUUCUAUCAUAUGGGAUGGGUAACUGGAACGGGCGGUGGAAUCUCAAUCAAACUUGACGACGAAAUCUACAUUGCUCCAUCGGGUGUGCAGAAAGAACGCAUUUUACCGGAUGAUUUAUUCAUACAAAAUAUCGAAGGUGAAGAUAUUCAAGUGCCACCGGAAUACAAAAAAUUGAAGAAGAGCCAAUGCACGCCAUUAUUUAUGUUGCCAUAUCGUCAACGUCACGCUGGCGCCGUCAUUCACACACAUUCUCCAAACGCUGUAAUGGCAACUCUUCUUUGGCCGGGCAAAGAGUUCCGGUGCACUUAUCUCGAAAUGAUUAAGGGUGUAUAUGAUCAUAAAUUGGGCCGUUAUUUACGCUACGACGAAGAAUUGGUGGUGCCGAUCAUUGAAAACACUCCAUUCGAAAAGGAUCUGGAAGAUCGCAUGAAUUCAACAAUGCAAGAGUAUCCCGGAUCAACAGCAAUUUUAGUUCGUCGACAUGGAAUCUAUGUUUGGGGCGAGACAUGGCAAAAAGCUAAAACACAAUGCGAAUGUUAUGAUUACUUAUUCGGCAUGGCAGUGGAGAUGCGCAAAUGUGGUUUGAAUCCAGAAAAACCACCGACACAUGUCGAAAACUCGGAAAAAACUUCAAAAAAAUGAAUCGAACGCAAUAUAAUUGCAAUCGAAAUUAGUCUUUCUUUGUGCUUAUCAUAAAAACAAACAAACAAACAUGUUUUAUUUAAAUGAAACAGCUAAUGAUUUAAAAAUAAUACAAUUGAUUGACAAUAUUUA